AGCGUGAAAUUGUUUCGUACCAUUGCUCGGCCAAUGUUUGAAGUAGGAGGUGCCAUCAUUGUACAUGAACUUUUAACUGAAAGACAACUACAUGCAAAGGAAUUUGUGGAAUCCUUUGAUUUAUCAACCAUAACAGGGAUUGUAAUUGUUUCAGGUGAUGGAAUUAUUUAUGAGGUUAUGAAUGGUCUAAUGGCCAGACCUGAUUGGGAAACAGCUAUCGAGACUCCAAUUGGUGUAAUACCCACUGGAUCAGGGAAUGCACUAGUGUCAUCACUCCUCCAAGAAGCCAAUGAAGAAUUCGGUGUGAUAGAAAAUGCAGUGUUUCAGAUAAUCAACGGAGGCAUUAAGAAACACGAUAUUGCUUCAGUCUCAUCCAUUUCUUCACACUCGUAUAUUUGCGUCCUCAUAAACUGGGGAAUGAUUGGAGUCAUUGACAUUGAGUCAGAAAGACUUAGGUUCCUGGGACCAAUACGCUUUAGCAUUGGUGCAAUAUUGUGCUUAGUGAGGAAGAGAUCAUAUCAUGGUCAGUUAAUGUACUUGCCUAUUGAAGAUGAGGAGAAUGUAGUAGCUAAUGGUGCCACUACUGAGGAGGCAGUGAGGCCAACAACAAGUAUUAGUGUAUCUGAUCCAGUGCCUGAUAACUGGAAAACCAUUGAAGGGAACUUUGUUAUUUUUGUAGCUCUCAUGUCAGGACAUUUGGGUGACGAGUCAGUUUUUUGUGCAGACUCAAAGACAAAUUCAGGAGAAUUUAGAAUCAUUUAUACGCUUGAUGAUGUCACAAGGGGACAGUUGCUAGCAAAGAUGGGUGAGAAAACUGGUGCAGAAAAGAUAGCAAAUUUUCACGAGAUUCGUACAAAGGCGUUUCGCCUUGUUCCAAUAUCUCCAGGCAUUAUAUCAAUUGAUGGAGAGCGGACAGAGUAUGGUCCAUUACAGGUCCAAGUGCAUCCUGGAAUGAUGAGACUUUACUCAAGAGACAAGAUUCAAUAAUGAGCACUAACAAUACAUGAUCCUCCUUACUUAUAAUACUUCUUUGUACUCUUGUCUUGUUGAAUUCAUCAUACUUUUUAGAACAGCUUUUGUGUUUUUAGUAACAGCA